AUGGCGUCAAAUGUGACCUUGAGAAGUACUAAACAGAGGAAAGAUAACCUCAUCACGAGGAAGCAGGAUAAGUCGCCCGAGAAGACGAUUCGGGGCACGCGGGGUGCGUACAGGGGCAUCCCGUCCACCUCGAAGCGGCCGACCGACGAAGACAAUGACACGGGCUCCACGGAAAGACUGGACAGACCAAAGAAAUUCAUAUCACAGAACAAAAGCAACUAUGGGCUCGGCAAGAGGCCCGACUUCUCGCUUAAGAACAGGAACGUGCAUUUAGCUUCGUCUCGGUAUGGACAGAUGACAUCAGGGCUGCACAGCCACGGGCACCAGAUCUCACAGCCGACUGCGCACCAUCUGGAGUCCUCCACGGUGCUGCCCACCAAGGAGAAGACUGUGCACGGGAAGGAGAAAACAUUCAAGGUGGUGGUCGGCAGCGAGGUGGGGGUGAUGAAGGCGCCGGUGCUGGGCCCGCGGCCGUACAAUGCGCUCGCCAUCAUCCACACGCAGCAGAGCAACACCUUCGACAUGCUCAACUCGCUCACCACCAGCGUCGCGAGCCAGCCGGUGGUGGGCGUGGGCGUGGGCGUGGGUGGGUUCCACCGGCGCAGCUCGGGGCAGGGCGCGCUGUGCGACCCCGAGCUGGACGACAGCGGCAACAAGCUGGUCGCCAGGCUCGAGGACGAUGCCUUCAUCUCGGAACAGGAUCUGGAAGAAAAUAUCGAAAUAGCAACUGCGACAGAAAAACGAAUAUCGAAAACAGAUGCCUCCGGCGAAGAUCAACCGCAAGAACCACAGAACGGCCUUGUGUACGGUCCUAUCUACGAGCUGGAGAAGUUGGAGGAGAAGGACAAACAGAAGGACGAUAAGGAAGAUGAGGAGGAGCCCAUCGGGGUCUCGCCUUGUGGCAGGUUUUUCAAAUACGACAAGGAGGUGGGUCGGGGCUCGUUCAAGACUGUGUACCACGGCCUCGACACGCAGACUGGCGUCGCUGUGGCCUGGUGCGAACUGCUGGAGAAAAAGCUGAACAAGACGGAGCGGCUCCGCUUCCGCGAGGAGGCCGACAUGCUGAAGAAGCUGCAGCAUCCCAACAUCGUGCGCUUCUACAACUACUGGGAGGGGACCGUCGCCAAGAAGAAGAACAUCGUGCUCAUCACCGAGCUCAUGCUCAGCGGGACGCUCAAGGCGUAUCUCCGACGGUUCAAGCGGAUCAACCCGAAAGUGUUGAAGUCGUGGUGUCGUCAAAUUUUAAAAGGGCUUAAUUUUCUACAUUCGAGAACACCGCCCAUUAUACACAGAGAUCUGAAGUGCGACAACAUCUUCAUCACGGGCACGACGGGCAGCGUCAAGAUCGGAGACCUCGGCCUCGCCACGCUCAAGAACAGGAGCUUCGCCAAGUCCGUCAUAGGCACGCCGGAGUUCAUGGCGCCCGAGAUGUACGAGGAGCACUACGACGAGUCGGUGGACGUGUACGCGUUCGGCAUGUGCAUGCUGGAGAUGGCCACGGGCGAGUACCCCUACUCCGAGUGCUCGGGGCCCGCGCAGAUCUACAAGAAGGUGGUCUCGGGUGUAAAACCUCAAAGCUUGGAGAAGGUGACGAUACCUGAAGUCCGGGACAUCAUAGAGUCGUGUAUCAAGCCGAACAAAACCGACAGGCCAAAAGUAAAAGAUCUGCUGAAUCACGAGUUCUUCGGCGAGGACAUCGGUCUUCGGUUGGAGAUCGUGGGGCGCGACCUGGUCACCUCCUCCGACAUCACCAAGAUACAGUUCCGGUUGAAGAUCAUCGAUCCUAAGAAACGUUCUUACACCCACAAAGAGAACGAAGCGAUCCAGUUCGAGUUCGACAUGGAGAACGACGACUGCGAGGAGGUGGCCAACGAGAUGGCGAAGGCCGGCCUCAUCAUGGAGGAGGACGCGAGGAUCGUCUUCAAACUGCUCAAGUCACAGCUUAUCAGCCUUAACAGGGAGAGAAGUGAAAAGAAAGCUCAGAUGCUGUUCAAUCAGGAGGUCAUCAUAGAACAGAACAGGCAGCAGAUAUACGAGCAGCAGUUAAGGCAGAUGAAGAUGAUACAGAAUCAACAGCAGGCAGGACCAGUGGACCAGGUGAAGGCGGGGCUCUUCAACGGCGUCGGGCCGCAGCCGCUCACGGCCGUGCAACUCGACCCUCAAGCUCAACUGCUGCAGUGCCAGCAGCAGCUCUUACAGCAGCAGUUCCAGCAGCUGAACAGCGAGGACGCCGCAAUGACGCUCCUCCAGCAGAACUUCAUGCAGGCCAGGAUCUCGCCCUCCAUGGCCAACGACCAGCAGUUACUGCAGAAUAAGGCCUUCCUCGAACAGAACCUGAAACAGCAGCCGGUAACUGUUCCACUGCUGCAUCAGAACAAGGUCUUCCUCGAAACCGAAGCAGUAAUGAUGGAGCAGAAUCUCAUCAACCAGCAGAUGCUGGAGCAAUCAGUCCAGGGUCAGGUCCUCAUGGAGCAGCAGGUGCAGCAGAAUCUACUGGAUCAGACCCCCUCACAGACCCAGCUGCAGCCACAUCUCUUAAACCAACAGCUCACGGCUGAAAUCAAUAACAAGAACCAAACGUUACAGCAACAGAUCAUACAACAACAACAGAAUAUUAUAGCUCAGCAAGCCGCUACAAUACAACAGAAACAGUUUGAAGAACAGCUGUCAGUCCAGGAGAACGUCCUAGCAGGGAAUACAAACAUAGUCUCAAACCAAAUCCUAGACCCUUCGCUACAGAACCUGCAGAACAUCCUCGCCCAAAUCAUACAGAGACCUGAAACAUUGCAAUCUAGAAAGGAGUCGGAAUCUGAAACACAAUCACAACAACAGCAAAUUCUGCAAAUCAGUCAACAACAGAAUGAGGGUAUGGAUCUACAGCAAAACCAAGAGCAGGAAGCUCUGCAGCAACAGAUGCAGAAUCUGAUAGGAUCACAGAUGCAGCAGCAGAAUGUGAACUUCCAGCAGAGCCAGCUGUUCGCGCAGCCGACGUUACAACAGUUGACGACUGCUGUAGAUCCCACCUUCCUCGCACAACAGCAACAGCUAGCUCAGGCGCAGCAACAGGUCGCUCAAGCACAGCAACAGCUAGACAUGCAAAAGCAAGUGCUGGCCCAACAGCAACUAGUCCUGCAACAACAGAUCUUCAGCCAACAACAGCUCCAGAUGCCCGGACAAACACUAUCCCCGCACCACUUCCGGCACUUCCAACAACAGCAGCAGUACCUCGCGCAGCAAGAACUACAGCUGCAGACGCAACAGAACAUCAUCACACAGAACUGGGCCAUGCUCGUGCAAAAACAACAACUCAUGGACCAACAACAGCAGAAAGUCGAGGAAAUACUCCGGUCCCAGAGGCCCAUGUACCAGCGGCAGGGAUCCGAACAGAGUCAGAUCAGCUCGGCGGAUGUGCACGACCAGACUCAAGUCAUGAUGCCGGAUCAGUACGGACAGAAACCACAGCUGCAGCAACAGAUGUCCGUAGACCAGAUGCAUUAUACGAAACAACGGUCUGAUGAUCACUAUCAUCAGUUGCCGAGCAUGCAGGGCCAGUCCCUGCCGCACAACAUGCAGAUGCAGCAGAACUUCAGCGUGGUGCAGCAGAACGAGCGGCAGAUAUCUAGUCAUGAAGGCACUCCCGUGCAGAAUUACUCCGCCAACCCGCUGCAGAUGUACCAGCCGGCGCAGAGCCAGCCCGUGAUGAUGCAGAGCGUGCAGUACCAGGCGGGGCAGAUGGAAGCUAGCGUACCGGCGUCUGCGGCCGCCGCCAUGCCGCAGUCUGUGCAGGAGUCGCUGCCGCAGCAGAUGUCCGUCCCACAGUCCAUGCCUCAGGGCGUCCUCUCGGUCCCGCAGCCUGUCCCACAGACAAUGCACUCGGUCCCUCAAACCGUUCAGUCCAUACAACAGCCCGUGCAGUCCGUGCAGCCACCGCCGUCAAUGCCGCAGCCGAUACAGUCGGUACCACAACCAGUCCAGGCGUUACCGCAACCUGUGCAAUCAGCUCAAGUCGUACCUUCAGUUCAACAACAGCAACAAAUCCAACCCAUGCAGCAACCAGUACAAUCGAUAUCGCAACCUGUACAGCAACAGAUGCAGCAGCCGCAGCCGCACUCUCAGUCACUACCACCUCAGCAGCCGCUGCAGCAGCAGGUCCAAGUCCAUCAGUCGAUGCCCCAGCAGCAGGAUAUGGUUCCCCAACAGCUGAACCUGCCCGCGGAACAGGCGGAGAAUGGUUACCAUAGUAACGGCAGCCAGAAGGAGCAGUUCCUGACGCCGCUGACGGAGUUCCCCAACAACCACUCCGAGGCCAGCCGGCACCCUGACCUCAGCUCCGUCGAGGAGAAGCAGGCGGAGACACAGCAACAAGAAGCUGGUACGGCUGUAUCUUCUCCAAUAACUGGCGAGAAGAAGUCCCGAGGGUCCAAGAAGCGGUCCCGGGAGAAGGACAAGCUCCCCAAGCUGACGGUCCUGGAGGUGAACGACGCGGCCACUGUGGUGGAGUGCCAGCUCGAGUCCAAGUCCAAAACUGUCACCUUCAAGUUCGAUGUCACCGAUGUUAAUCCGGAAGAGAUUGCUAGCAAUCUUGUAUCAAACAACCUGCUCCCGGAGUGGCAGAGUGCGACCUUCAUGGAGCUGAUCAAGGACAUCGUGAACCAGCUCAUCACCAACCCCGGCGUCACGCCCGUCCUCAACCCCGCGCACCACUCCGCGCUCAGGCUGAACAUCGACAAGACUGACUACGACUCUGAAACAACGGAGCGGGAGGAGAACUUGACGGACUCGAACCAGGACAACUCGGAGUGCACGACGCCGACAGCCAGCCACGACAACAUCGCGGCCGAGCUGGCGUACGACACGCAGCCCGAGACACAGCCCGAGCCCGAACCCGCGCCGCGUCUGCAGCAUGCCGACACCGUCACGCGCAAGAUCAGCACCGCCUCCUCCAUCGGUUCAAAUCAAUCAGAUGGUGGGUCAAUGGCGCCCGAGCGCUCCGGCAGCACGGAAUCACAGAACGGCGAGAAGAAGCAGCAGAAGCCAACGCGGAAGAUAUCACGAUUUCUAGUCAGCCCCGUCGUGGACCGCGGCGAGCAUGUGCCCGAAGAGAAGCCCGCGCCCGGCCCCGAGCCCGACGCCCGCGAGCCCCCGCGGGAGACCCCGCGAGAGCCCCCGCGGGACCCGCCGCGCGAGCCGCAGCUCAACGGCCUGCCUGAGAAGGACCCGCCGCCACAAGAAUAUGUUCCUACGCACCAGUAUUCCCUACCGCCGCCAGUCCCACAACCCGUCCCGCAACCUGCCCAGCAACCGGCCCAGCAACCUGCUCCGCAACCUACCCAGCAACCUGCCCCGCAACCUACCCCACAACCUGCCCCUCAAUCAGCCCCAGAACAAAGGCCUGAAAUACAACACAUAGAAAGACCCAUAGAAAUUAAAAAAGACAUCCCCGCUACCUCCAUGCCAGUCCCAGUCGCCACAAACAUACAGACAGCCCCGCACAUUCCCGUGCAGAACAUCAUAAACCCCAUGCUCGCUGCUACAAACCUACAGCCCAACUUAACCACCCCACUGCAAAUAGCGACGGACACCCCACUGUUGGGGCUGAGCCAAGUGGGAACCCCGAUGGGCGUGGGUGGCGAGCUGGGCAUCAACAUGGGGCUGCCGGCUGUGGGGUUGGCCAUGCCCACGCAUCAGACCUUGACCCCUAACCCGGGGGUCACAGAGGCGAUGCCCAACGCUGAGAAUAUACAGAGGAUGCUGCUCAAACAGAAUAUUAUGAAUCAGCAACAAAACCUCUCUGGGCCCAACCUACUGGGUCUACUCAACCAGCAGCCCUACCCACAGCCAGACCUGGGCCUUCAUAAUACUCUAUUAAACAACACACAGCCUGCGCCCAUGAUGGCGACCCGCCUGCAGCCGCAGUACCCGCCGCAGAAGUACUACCAGCCGAUGCUCGCCAACGACUUCAUUGCUCAGCAGCAAGCGCUGCAGUCGUCGGUCAACCAGCUGGCCAACCAGCAGAUCAACCAGCUCGGGAUGAUGGGGCUGGCGGCCCCCCUUCCGCCUCAGGCUCUCGCCUUCCAACACCAGAACAUCGCGCAAAACCUGGCGCUCAACCAGAACCUUAUGGGGCAAAACCUUGGACAGAACUUAGGUCUAGCGAGUCAGAAUCUAGGAUUAGGCAGUCAGAAUCUCAUGGGCGGGCAGAACUUGGGUUUGGGCGGGCAGAACCUGGCGUUGGGCGGGCAGAACCUCAGCCUCAUCAACCAGAACCUGGGGCAGCUGGUGGCUCAUAGAGCCGUGCAUCAUGCGCUGGCCAGGCGGGCUGUAGAUAUGGAUAUGGGUAUGACGAACGUGAACUCGACGGGCUCCUCCCAGCCGAGCACGCCCAACAAGAGCCACUCCUACAACGAGUACAUGCUGACGCUGCAGCACAAGCUCUCCUCCAUAUCCAACAGCGGCCCCGUGUCCCCGCAGUCCCCGCUGGAGUACAGUCCGGCGCUGUCGCCCACGCACCGCCCGCCGCUACACAAUAUGCCCAAGAGCGAGGCGGAGGCGGGCGAGGGCGGGCUGGCGGCCGCCCACAAGACGCGCCACGCCGCGCAGCUCGCGGAGCUGGACCACGAGCUCAGCAAGAUCAGUCUGCACUACAAACACCCGCCGCCCAAGGAUGUGUUCAUAGAACACAACGCGGAGGAGCAUGAAAUGCUCUCGGCGAACAUUAACGAUAGUGCAGUCAAUACAUACGAAGAAUUGGACCCCGAGUGGGAGUCGCGAUCGACGCGGUUCCGCGUGUCGCGAGCGGCGCCCUGUCGCGGGUACGAGCUGUGUCGCCUGCUGCCCAGCGACCACGGUAACUUACUCUUACGAUCCGUAUAG